AGGAGCGAAAGAUGAAGAGCUGUCAGUUCAGCUGCCCCUCCGUGGUGACUUACCUGCAGUUCAGCAGGCCAAAGAUAAACAUCUGCUGUUUAUGGAGGAGGUCAAAGCACGAGGCCCUUACAUAUACUCCAUUCUCGAGUCUGCUCAAGCCUUCCUCACCCAGCAUCCUUUCCAAGAUGCGGAAGAGGAAACGUCCACGUUGACCAAAGAUGCUUCCCCAAAGAACCGCUCUCAGACCAUCAGUCGUUUACUUUGGAAGCAAGCGAAUGUAGCAAGCGAGCUUUGGGACAGACUGACUGCCCGUGGUGUAGACCAGCAACGUCACCUGGAGAGAACGUUGGAACAGCUUCAAGAUCUGGAAGUCUCAAUGAAAGAGGCUGCCGAUGCGCUUCAACAAGCAGAGAAUGUGCAAGGAACUUGGGAAACCAUCGGAGACCUGUUUAUUGACUCCCUACCUGAGCACAUCCAGGCUACCAAGUUAUUCAAAGAAGAUAUGAGUUCCAUAAAAGACACAAUCAAGAUGGCGAACGAUCUUGCCCACCAGCUGGCGGUUUGUGAUGUUCACCUUUCUGUGGAAAAUGCUCGGGAGCUUGAGCAAAUGAACAACCGAUGGAAACAGCUACAGAAUUCUGUGACAGAACGCCUGCGGCAGCUGCAGGAUGCUCACCGUGAUUUCGGACCCGAGUCUCAGCACUUCUUGUCAUCAUCAGUACAGGUCCCUUGGGAAAGAGCGAUAUCCCCCAACAAGGUGCCGUAUUACAUCAAUCAUCAGGCACAGACAACGUGCUGGGAUCAUCCAAAAAUGACAGAACUGUACCAGGCACUGGGAGAUCUGAACAACAUAAAGUUCUCUGCAUACCGGACGGCAAUGAAACUGCGCAGAGUGCAAAAGGCUCUGAGAUUGGACUUGGUCACGCUGCCCCUAGUCUCUCAGAUAUUCAGCUGCGACAUCCUGCAAUCUCCGGAGCGCUCCCUUGACGUACUCGAUGUCAUUCGCUGCCUGAGCUCUCUAUAUGAGCGCUUGGAAGAAGAGCGUGGACUGUUGGUCAACGUCCCCUUGUGUGUGGACCUAGCCCUCAACUGGUUACUAAACGUCUUUGAUGGUGGUCGCAAUGGACGUAUCAGAGUUCUUUCCUUCAAAGCUGGAAUUGUGUGCUUGUGUAACAGUGAUGUCAAGGGGAAACUAGAAUAUUUAUUUUCGCAGGUAGCAAAGCCCGAUGAGACGUGUGACCAGAAGCAACUAAGCCUUCUUCUGCAUGAAGCCAUCCAGAUACCGAGGCAGCUGGGAGAAGUUGCGGCAUUUGGGGGAAGCAAUGUUGAACCCAGCGUUAGGAGCUGUUUCCGAUUUACCGGUGGUGCAACCAUAUUGGAGUUACCCCAGUUCCUGGAGUGGGGAUGUCUAGAGCCACAGUCAUUGGUUUGGCUUCCAGUUUUACAUCGUGUGACGUUGGCUGAGGCAGUUAAGCACCAGACGAAGUGUUCAGUCUGCAAACAGUGUCCUAUAAAGGGUUUUAGGUACCGCAGCCUGAAACAAUUCGGCGUGGACAUCUGCCAGACCUGUUUCCUUACCGGACAAGCGAGCAAAGGAAGCAAGCUUCAUUAUCCGAUCAUGGAAUAUUACACAACGACAACCUCGGGGGAGAAGAUGAGGGAUUUUGCUACCACCCUCAAAAAUAAAUUCAGGACGCGUCAGUAUUUCAGUCGCCAUCCGCUGCGGGGCUACCUCCCUGUGCAGUCGAUGCUCGAGGCGGAAGUCAAUGAAGCCGACACGUCCUUGUCCUCUCCAAUGCUUCCACAUGCUGAUACACACUCAAGGAUAGAACACUUUGCUAGCAGACUUGCUGAAAUGGAAAAUCAGAGCGGCUCCUUCUUCGCCGAUAGCCUUUCCCCUGACGACAGCAUGGAUGAAGAUCAGUAUAUACUCCGCCAUUCCAGCCCUAUAACAGACCGCGACCCAUGCAGUAUGGUGCAGUGCAUGGGGUCAAAGGAUCCGAAGGAAGAAGAGGAUGAGCUGGAGAAGGUCAUCGCCCAACUGGAGCAUGAAAACAGAAUUCUGCAGGGAGAGCUGAAGAGACUCAAGUGGCGGCACGCAGAGGCCGGAGAGCAGGCACUCCUGGGCGAGGUAUCUCCUGACUCGGGAGGCAGCGGCAGCGGCGACGUACAGAGCGAGGAAUUGCUGAGCGAGGCGCGGAUUCUACGGCAUCACAAAAGCCGCCUUGAGACUCGGAUGCAGAUACUGGAAGACCACAACAAGCAACUCGAGUCCCAGCUGCAUCGUCUCAGGGAAUUACUUCUACAGCCUAGCAUGGAUGACGGCAAAGCUUCCUCUUCAGCCCCUUCUCCAGAUUCAGAGAGCAAGUCCUAUCAGAACAAUGGAACGCCGGAGACUGAAGCUGCAGAUGAUGUGGACAGUCGGACAAAAGACAUUGGAUUAUGCUUCGAGGACAUCAUGGAAAAGCUACGGAAUGUGCUUCCCAGUACAGAUGACGGCGACGAAUGACCGGAGCCUGACAUUGCCGCCGUGACAGCGGGCAUCUCCCACAACACAGCGUGCAACGUAACACGUGACGAUGAAGGACGAUCAGCUUUCCUGACAAUUCUGACA